UGCAUGACCCUAUUCCCGCCAUCUUGGUUGGAUCUAAAACAGCUCAGCUCCAUGAGGAAAACAAAGGCUUCUGAACUUCGCAAUUUAGAGUUCUUUAUCACAGGCUGCGGAACUACAUAUGAAUUUAAAUUAUCGAAUGUAAUUGUCCAAACGCGGUGAAGCAUCAAUAUAAGCCAAUAUGUCGCUGUAUGAUGAUUUAGACGGUGUUCCACUGCAAAGCUCUUCAGAAGAUGUCGGCAAAUUGUCCGGUUGGUCAAAUAGUCUGAAACUCAUGCAAACUCAGCUUCAUCGAAAGAAGGUGAUCCAAAACAAGCCGGUUUUCCCUACAACAAAGUCUAAAUCACUCACACCUAGUCUGCUCGGAAAAGGACUACAGAAAAAACUGAUCGUUGAAGAGAAAGAUUUCGGUACAGAAGAAAUUAGCCAUGGAGACUUGCACACAGUCCCAGAGCCUUUCAUAGAGACUGAUGCGUCCCUGGCUAUGAUAGAAGACGAGUACGACCCGUUAAAACCGAAUGAUUACGAGGUUGUCAAGGAGAAGAUAAGAGAAAAACGAGAACGUGAUCGCCGUGAAGAGAGAGACAGAGAACGUGAUGUUAGGAUGAGAGAAAGAUUUGAACGUGAACAAGAGAAAGACAGAGAAAGAGACCGUGAUAAAGAAAGACCAAGAGAACGGCGUCGAGAGGGCCGUCGAGAUGAUGAUGACUACCAUCGGCCAUCAUCAAGGCGGUCUGUUGGUGCCGCCAUAGCCCCGCCCUCAUCCUUGCUUGAAUCAGAGCCCAUUGUCCCCCAGAAAGAGCCGGACCCAUCGAUUGAUGGAAGGCCAUUGGUAACAGGAGAUAAGGAAAAACCUGACUUGGGGUUUGCUGUAAAUGCAGUGGCUUCAAGUAUCAUGGCAAAAUAUGGCUGGAAAGAUGGGCAAGGCUUAGGGAAGUCGGAGCAAGGAAUCAACACUUGCCUUCAAGUAGAAAAGACCAGCAAACGUGGUGGUAAGAUUAUCAAUCAAGAAAAAGAGGCAGCAAAAUUGCAAGCAGAAGGGGAUUCUCUUGUAGGAGCUAUGAAAAAUCCCAGCAAGGUUGUAUUGUUAAGAAACAUGGUGGGACCUGGAGAAGUAGAUGACGACUUGCAGCCAGAGACCGCGGAAGAGUGUGCAAAAUAUGGUGAGGUUGUCAAGGUUAUUAUCUAUGAGAUUCCUGUUGGGGCACCAGAUGAUGAGGCCGUCAGAAUCUUUGUAGAGUUCACUCGCAUGGAAUCUGCCAUAAAGGCUGUUGUGGACUUGAAUGGUAGAUACUUUGGUGGAAGGACUGUCAAAGCAAACUUUUUCAACCUGGACAAAUUUAGAAGGCUGGACUUAGCGGAUGAUAAUUGAGUCGCUACCUAUUUUGCCCAAUAUUUGAGAGUGCUUAUUAAUAGCCUAGAAAACUCUCAAAGUGCAAGUGAAGCUAAAUAUCAGCAUCAAACUAAUGACAAUAGCUUAAAACGGAUAUAUCAUAGGUUUGUAUUGAAGUAUUUUAAUGCAUUGGAUGCUUAGAGAAAAUUGGCAAAUACAGCUCUAAGGUCCUGAAUAAGGAGGAUUAUAUAAGGAAAAAAAUAUUGCAGCUCAAUGUUUAUGUGUGACCUCUUAUGAAAGAGUAGGGUUAUGACAAUAAACCUUUACCACACGAA